GUUGUUGGGCAGCUCUGGGAGAAAGCAGACAGCAGCUCCUAAGAGGGGCUCCUGGAAGGCUUCACAGAAACUGCCCUCGAGAAGCUCACCCACUGAUCUUCCCUGUAUCUACAAGCAGACAACAGAUGCUGAUAUUCUGGACAGGCCGGAUAGGUUCAGCAAGCCUCAGGGGAAGACUAGCUGCUAGAAAAGCGGAAAUCUUUUUGAAGAAAUGAACAGCUGAAAUGAAAACCAAAUGAUUUCAUAAGAGAAUUUCACAGGUCGAAACAUACAAUAUAUACUUCCAACAUAAACUACCCCACACCAGUGAUUUGCCACACCCUCUUUUUUGGCCUAUUGAAUUUAGAAGGCAACGAGCUAAAAUUAUAAUACUCUGUAUUAUAUUUUGAACAUCCUGUGAGAACACACUGUUGCAACUAAUGGAAGCCACUUCGAAAAGGUCCAUUCAUCUGUGCCAUGAAAAUGGUGAUUGGAUGUCACAGCUGCCAGAAAAUCUCUGGGAUGUUCCUCUCCAUUACUUAUCCCUUCCAGGGAGCCAUGACACUAUGACUUACUGUUUGGAUAAAAACUCUGAUAUAAGUGUCAAUGAAUCAAAGCUGUUGCAGGUGAUAGAUAAAUGUAUGCCCUGCAUCAUACAUCCUAUUAUUAUGAAGUGGUCUAUAACACAGGUACUAAAUGUGUCAGAACAACUGGAUGCCGGGAUUAGAUAUUUGGAUUUUAGGAUUGCUCACAAGCCUAAUGACUCUUCUGUGAAUUUGUACUUUGUGCACAUGGUAUACACAACGGCUGUAGUAGAGGAUAUUCUGUGGGAAAUUUUAAAGUGGUUGCAGGCCCAUCCUCAGGAGGUCGUUAUCCUUGCCUGCAGGAAUUUUGAUGGAUUGACCAAGGAACUUCAUCAUCAUCUUAUCUCCUGCAUAAAAAUGAUUUUUCAUUCUAAACUGUGUCCAAAAGAUGUGGUUCCAACGCUACGGAACAUGUGGACAUAUGGGUACCAGGUUAUCAUCUCCUAUGAGGAUGUGAAUGAAGUAAUGAAGCACCGUGAACUAUGGCCUGCAAUUCCAUAUUGGUGGGGAAACAAGACUGCAACCCAAGAUCUUAUCCAGUAUCUGGAAUCUAUGAAAAAGAAUGGGCGCCCAGACUGUUUCUUUGUUGCAGGGAUUAACCUUACUGAAAACUUAGAGUACAUUCUGGAACAUCCAUUUGGAUCCUUGAAGAAAAUGGCCCUUUCUAGCCUUCCAGUCUUGAAACUCUGGAUAAAGCAACAGUAUCCAGGACCAAAGAGGGAAUGUAUCAACAUCAUUGCUGGAGACUUCAUAGGAAAUCAUGAUUUUGUGAAUGAUGUGAUAGAACUUAACAAAAAAAUCAUCCCUCCAUUACAUUACUAUGGUAAUGAGACUGAAUUAAAGGAUGUUUCAAGACUUUCAGCUUCAUAACCUUGGUAUGAUUGAGUAGCUUUUGAUCAUCUCUCACAGGAAAGGCAAUUUUCCUGGUUCAGAUACAUCAUAUGUGUACAUAAAUGAUGUUUCUUCCUCCCAGGUAUGUUGUGAAGAUUCAUUAGUUGACACUUUUGUACCAAAAUCAGACUUUAAAAUACACAAUGCUUAUGGCAAGCAAAACUGCCUAUAACUAGGGGAGGGAGAAGAGCAAGAAGGCUUCUCCUUAAGUUCGCUAGAGCCCUUGCCACGUAGGUGUAAUUUAGCUGGGAAGAGCAUAAAUAUUGCAAUAACUGGUGUUAGAGAAUAUCCUAAGAACCUUACUCAUCUUUGCAAAACAGAGAAAAUAAAUUUGUUUACUAUUGAUUUUUUUCUUUAAAUAUAUUCUUAAUGCAAAUAGUUUUGUUAUUUCAAUAAAAAAAUGUUAGUUAUGGAUUUAAAUAUUUGUUUGUGUGUGUGUGUGUGCACAUUUGCAACCUAAACAUCUCAGUAUGUGCACCAGUGAAACUGAUUACACCUCUACCUCGAUAUAACGUGACCCGAUAUAACACGAAUUUGGAUAUAAUGCGGUAAAGCAGUGCUCCGGGGGGCGGGGGCAGGGCUGCGCACUCCAGUGGAUCAAAGCAAGUUCAAUAUAAUGUGGUUUCACCUAUAACGCGGUAAGAUUUUUUGGCUUCCGAGGACAGCGUUAUAUCGAGGUAGAGGUGUAGUUUGUUUUCAUGGGCCAAGGUGAGUGAAAUGUUAAAAGUACACAACAUAAUUAGCAAACAGAAAAUUAGAUUUUUAGAAUACGUUGUUUUGAUAAUCUAAAGCAUUAUUACUAUGCCUGUAAGUAAAUUUAUCAAAACUGACAGUGUUCUUAAAGAAUCUUGGCAUUAUUCUGGAAUAUGUCAAGUUGGUCAUCAGGCGGGCAUUUUGGCAUCUUGGAGGGAAAUGGCAAUACUGUACCCCAGAGGGUACUGAACUGAUCCUUUAGUGUCUGUCUUAUCCCCUGGUAAGUUUAUUAUUACUAUGUUCAUCAGCAGUCUCUAUGCUAACAUACUACUGUUUACUACAUAUUCCGAAGGCCUGAUAUUGCCCUCAUUUUAUAGUCAAGCCAAUCCUGACUUCAAGGUAGCACAACUGGGCCCUCUGAGUAGACUUUUGCCCAUUGAGCUUGAAAUGUCUUCAAUGAAGGGGCUGUUACGUAGUGCCCAGUAAAAGACAAGCAAAUUUUUAAAAAUGUUUUUCACACUUCAAUUGAACUAGAAUAUGCUAUGGACUAAAGGCUACUUUAAUUUACACUGAUGUAAAUCUAGAGUAUCUUUAAUAGAGUUCCAAGUUCAUAGGACUGGACGUGACCACCUGGGUCAUCAAGUCCAGUCCCCUACUAUUGUAGGCAACCCUUUCAUAAACAUAUCAUGCUCCAUUUUAAAACUAGUUGUUUCCCCCACUACCCCACCUGAAGACUGUUCAAGAACCUCGCUCCUUUGAUGGUCAGAAAUCUUCCAAUUUCCAGCCUAAAUUAUGCUCUAGAUUAAUAUUUAUAUAACUGAAAACAGACUUUUCCCUCUCUUACUUAACAAAAUAGCAACUAAAGCAGAUACCGGAUAGCUGGACUUACUUCUACAUUGCAAAUCAUGGGUUUUAUAGCAUGCACUGAUUGUUAAUACUAUUUUUGGAUAAAGUAGGUGCAUUUUUAUUGAUCAUGAAAGUGAGGACCAAUCAUUGGCAAGAGCCAUGAACAGAGGAGGCAGGUGUUGUAUAAACUUCAUUGUGUAGCAUAAGCUUUAUUGUGCAGCUCUGUCAGUAUACCUCAUUCUUUAGAUGAGCAACACACUUUUUAUACCAGUGGUGGGUUGUUAAGAUGAACAAACAUCCAUUAGAGACGAGACUGAACUCAAAUGUUAUUUGACCCCAAAUCAUAUUUGAGUUCCAGAAAUAAAUGGCAAAGAAAUUGCCUCUUUGUGAAACUUCACACUGAUUUUUGGGUGGUGUGUCGAUGGAAACCCCAACAUUGUUUAAAAACAAUUCUGCCAGUCUGUCAUGGCAUUUCUUAUCCAUGUUCUCUCUGUUUACUGUUAGUAUAUAGCAGUGAGGUAUUUUGUUGGAUUUAUAAAAGUGUAUAUAGAUUUUUUCAGUGUGUCAUUUGCAUAAAAUGCUGUAUUACAUGUAUUUAGAUGUUUUUCUGCACAGUAUUCUCUUACCCAGUAA